CUUUGUAGGCGGGUUAAAGAGCGCGCAGCAGGUUGGGGUACGCGUGUCAAAGAAGUUUCAAUGGCGUGGCAGGGGCUGAUGGCCGAGUUCCUGCAGGUGCCCGCGGUGACGCGGGCCUACACCGCGGCCUGCGUCCUUACCACCGCUGCUGUGCAGCUGGAGCUCCUCAGCCCCUUCCAGCUCUAUUUCAACCCACACCUCGUGUUCCGGAAGUUCCAGGUCUGGAGGCUCGUCACCAACUUCCUCUUCUUUGGGCCUCUGGGAUUCAGCUUCUUCUUCAACAUGCUCUUCGUGUUCCGCUACUGCCGCAUGCUGGAGGAGGGCUCGUUCCGCGGCCGCACGGCCGACUUCGUCUUCAUGUUCCUUUUCGGGGGUGUCCUCAUGACCCUGCUGGGGCUCCUGGGCAGCCUGUUCUUCUUGGGCCAGGCACUCACAGUCAUGCUGGUGUAUGUAUGGAGCCGCCGCAACCCCCAAGUGAGAGUCAACUUCUUCGGCCUCCUCACCUUCCAGGCACCAUUCCUGCCCUGGGCGCUCAUGGGUUUCUCUCUGCUGUUGGGCAACUCAAUUCUCGUGGACCUGCUGGGGAUUGCCGUGGGCCACAUUUACUACUUCCUAGAGGACGUCUUCCCCAACCAGCCUGGAGGCAAGAGGCUGCUGCUGACCCCCAGUUUCCUCUCAGUGUGGGCCCCUCCCUACAGGAAGCUGCUACUGGAUGCCCCACAGGAGGACCCCAAUUACCUGCCCCUCCCGGAGGAGGAGCCAGGACCCCUGCAGCAAUGACCCUACCCAGGGCCAGCCUGUUUUCCUGGCCUCUAGCAGGCCUCCAUUCUACCCCUGACUCCCGAUUACAGGAGAGCAACCUGUCCUGGAGACUGGGCUGGUGCCCAGGACCCACCCAAAUAAACAGAAUGACCUGCA